GAUCAACGUUUCUCCCUCCGCUACCACUAUGAGCUUGCUUCAAGGCGUCCUGCGGUCCCAAGUCCCGGACCCCAAAUCCCCGGAGCGUCGUUUAAACAAUGACUGCUCUACCUCAGACGACUCCGACGACGAACUGGUUAAUGUAGUUUCCCUCCCAGGGACGCCAGCACGCACUCGCCCCCCUUCACCCACUCGAACGGCUAAUGGAGCCGCUAGUCGACCGCUACCCGGUCCUCUUCACCUCUCAUCGCGACGGGACUUGCUCAAGGCACUCCCAACGGAUAUCAAUCAGCGUAUCUUCGGUCAGCUUCCAGUUCGGGAUCUGGCGCACUGCGCACUUGUGUCGAAGAAAUGGCAUAGAAGUCAGACGAUUAACUACAUCUGGUUCCAGCAUUAUAGAAAAGAGAACUUCCACGAUUCGAGCCUGCCUGCGGGUAAAUGGACGAAACGAGAGUCGAAGCAGAGCUGGCGAACAACUUUCCUUCAGACCGCCGGUCGACGCACACCUCCAAAUAUGUCUACCACCGGAGUUUCCAGCGUCCCCCGAUCAGGUUACGUCUCGCCGGAGCGAUCUGGAAUUCAGACGCCCCGGGAGAUCCAAGAGGAGAAAUGGCGGAUGGAAGCCGAAGUCACUGCGUCCCCAGGCAAAUUAGAGAUGCGAGAGAUGUACAAGGAGCUGAACGGAAGGAAGAGCAAAGGCAAGAGCAAAUGGGGGAGUGCUGGGUGUCACGACGUCGGUGACAACGUCACAUCAUCCCCUGGCAAACACGCGCAUAUUGAGAAAUCGCUCGCUCGUCCUCAAGCACAUCCUUCAAGACCGACAUCCCUCCGAACUUCAUUCAUCAUGGGUCGUAUGCACGCACCGGGCAAGGGCAUUUCGUCCUCUGCACUUCCUUACCGCCGCGCUCCCCCGACAUGGCUCAAGACUUCCCCGGAAGAGGUCGUCGAGCACAUCGUGAAGCUGGCUCGUAAAGGUCUCACCCCCUCCCAAAUCGGUGUCACUCUCCGUGACUCGCACGGCGUCCCUCAAGUGCGAUUCUUGACAGGAAACAAGAUUCUGCGUAUACUCAAGAGCCAGGGUCUUGCUGCAUCCAUCCCCGAAGACCUGUACUACUUGAUUAAAAAGGCUGUCGCCGUACGGAAGCAUCUUGACGCUAACCGCAAAGACAAGGACUCCAAGUUCCGUCUCAUUCUUAUCGAGUCCAGGAUCCACCGACUGGCGCGUUACUACAAGACGAAGCAGCAGAUCCCGCCCACGUUCAAGUACGACGCGUCCACCGCUAGCACCCUCAUUGCUUGAAGAUCUGUGCAUCACGCAUUGCUGGUUGAGUGGAAUCGGAGUCUGGUCGAGGUAGUGGGCUGUAGUGAGCUUGAAUUAUGGGUUGAUAUACUGUAUGCCUCGAAACGCUGAUAAAACUACGCACCCAUGCCUUCUUUCCUUGAAUCUCUCGUUCAUUUGCACAUAAGGCGAUCUUGGCAAUGCUCACACUUGCAGUCUUACGGUGGACCCCAA